AAUCACAUUACAUCAUAUAAAAUGUGCAAUCACUGCACCGUGACUACCAUGCUGGUGUUGUUUCUGCUUUUUAAAAUUUCAGCAGCACAUAAUCUAAAUGGAUUAUUUUACAACAAUUAAACGCAGGAAUGAAACCUAAACCACGUUCUUUUUAAGAAAUAUUAAAUAUUUACUCAUUUUUAAAGUGGAUACCAGCAAAACAGUCAAAAAGUUGCAACAUGUCCAACUAUGUUUAAACCAUGUUAAAGAAAUACUGAAAGGUGAAAUGCAGCAAUGACCCAAAAUUUCAACUAAAUUUUCUUAUAACUUUCAGAUAAGAAAAAAAUGCUGAAGUUUUGUCCUGAUGCAUCUCAGUAAUCCAGGUAAAAAAUCAAAAAGAAAAAAAUGUAUAGAUUAUGUAUAUACAUAUUAUGUAUAGAUUGUAUAAACUGCUGAAGUUUUGAUUUAAAUUGUAAACGCAGUGUAAAAAAUGCUAAGCAGUUGCCAGAGGCUCAUUAUGAGCACCCUGGUAAUUAAACACCUGUGUCUCUCACUCCCUGACAGAAAGACUAAAAAAUAAGCCUGAAUUUAACAGUUAUUGUAUGAAAACAAUAAGUUGAAUUUUAAAUAAUUCAUGACCAGCAGAACGUCCUAAAGCCAAGUUUCCAUCACAAUUUUAAUGCAAAUUUUGAGUGAACUUUUGAAAUGUCACACAGGGGAAAAAAAGAAAGAAAUGUGAAUCAUCUUUCAAAUUUCCAUCAACUGGAUUGGAGCCAAUCAACCAGGCUAUGCAAAGUGAAUUUACGCUACAUGUUACACAUGACUGUAGUAAACAGGAAGUAGAGGUCGUAAACUAGCAGGAACCACACAUCUUGGGAAAAUGGAGAAGUUAUCAGAAAUGUGUUGCUAUAUGGAAAGUUGUCAUUAUUCUGUCAUAUCAACUAGUAUUAACGAUGUUACAUACUGUCCAGAGACGUACAGAAAUUAAUGUAUUUCUCUUUAAGUUACAGGAACAUGGGGAAGACGCUGACAGCGGGAGAAGGGUCCAGCUGCAGUCGCUACAAUUAUUGGACAGUAGGAACUGCGUAUCAAUCGUGUGAGAAUCCGUUACCUGUUCUUUCCAAAUUCCACAAUUCAUCGGCGGAGUUCCGUUUCGCAAACCGUGACCUCCGUCUAACACAGGACUGGAAGAAGCUCGGUGUAGCAGCAGUGGUGUGGGAUGCUGCUGUUGUGAUGUGUAUGUAUCUGGAGCUAGGAAAAGUGGAGUUAAAGGGGAAAAGGGUCAUUGAACUGGGAGCAGGCACUGGAUUAGUCGGCAUUGUGGCAGCUCUGCUGGGUGCUCAUGUGACCAUCACGGACCGAGAACCUGCUCUGGAUUUCCUCUCCGCCAACGUGGAGGCCAACCUGACCCCAGCACCCCAGCAGCCGGUGGUGGUCUCGGAGCUGACCUGGGGCGUGGCUCUCGAGCGCUACCCCGCCGGAGGGUUCGACCUGGUCCUGGGAGCCGACAUCAUUUACCUGGAGGACACGUUCCCGUCUCUCAUCCGAACUCUGGAGCACCUGUGUUCCGACGCCACCGCCGUGCUGCUGGCCUGCAAGAUCCGCUACGAGCGAGACACGAACUUCCUGAGCAUGCUCAAGCGUGGCUUCCACGUGGAGGAGGUCCACUACGACCAAGAGAGGGACAUCCAUUUAUACAGGGCACGCAAACUGCCAACCAGGAGGGAUUUAUGAUCCAAAAGAUGUCCUGAUGCAUCUCAGUAAACCAUGUAAAAAAA